CGACCUUACGGUAAGAAAACUUGCUUCGUGUUGUUGUGUAGUUAGCUGGCUGCUACACGUCCACUCAUUCACCGUUCACUGUGCUGCACAUUGAACCUGUAGUAGCGCAAUUCAAACCUGUUUAUUUUACAGCUAAUGUUAGCAACCCUAGCUUGUUUACCAUUGUGUCUGUGGUGCUAAUGUUAGCAGUUUCUUACGCUAGCACUGAACAUAAUGAAGGCAAAAACACAAUAUAUCACAAAGCAAGGCUGGCUGUUGCCAUGGCAGUUAACGUUAGCUUUAAAUACAGAGGUGUGAUAUUGUUCACCUUGUGUCAGAGCGGUUAGUUAUUUUUACAAAUUGACGAAGCAUACGGUUUAAUAUUAGCUGCCCUCUUUUACCUUUGAGCAAGACAUGACCUCCCAGCUGAUUUUGAUCUAGCUAGCAUGCAACGUUUACUGCUCUAAUAGUAGCCCUAGUAAUAAUGAUGCACAAAGACACAAACUGAGGCUUCUUCAAAACGUUUAAUUGGAGCUACACGGUCACAACUCUUGAGAAAACGUGUGUGUUCACAAUGUAGCUGAAACACAACUAGUUAGCUUUGCAUAAUAAGUCCCCUCCACCUUUUUUUCUCAGCAGCACAAAUGAAACAUGGGGGUCAAAGUGGUCCAGCUAACCUCAAAGUCCCACCAUGAAAACAUCCUGGCCUCUCUGCAUCAGCUGAGGCUGCAGGGACACCUAAGUGAUGUCACAGUGCAGGUAGACUACCAAGGAGAUGUGCAGGAGUUUCAGGCCCACCAGCUGAUGCUUGCAGCAUCCAGUGGCUACUUCAAGAAGAUCCUCCUCUCUCAAGAUGCUGCCCGAGACAAAGUAUUACUCUCCAAUAUGCACGCCAAGGAUUUCUCCAAGUUUUUAGAAUUUGUGUACACUGGGAAAGUUGAAGUUGUCAGAGACAAGAUUGGUGACGUUCAAGCAGCGGCACAAUUUUUGGACUGUGACGAUCUGUCAGAGGUUUGUGGUGAGGCCAUGAGUGCUGGAAUCCUGCAGAAACCUACAAGGAAAACAUCUGCAUCAAAAGAUAAAGGUGACUUGCAUGGUGCCAAGAAAGAAAAAAGUACCAAAGGGAAGAAGCAGCCUAAAAGCUUAUUUCUUAAGCGCCGUCUCUCUUCACAGAGCUCUGAGAAAGAAGUCAUUUCUAAGAGAUUAAAGGCAAAGAACGCAGUGAAGGAUGGCAAAAGACAAGAAAGAAACUUAAAACUUAGAUUGGCUGGCCAUAAAGUCCUUCAAAAGCAUUUACAUGCUAAAAGAGAGGCUAACAAUGAAAACCAAGUAACCAAUGCAGAUACAGAGGAGAAUAGGGACAGGACUGAUGCCGAGGCUCAGCCAGAGAAUCAGGCAGAGAAAGGAGAUAACUUAUCAACUGGAAGGCCAGUUUCUGAUGCAGAUGAUUCGGAAUGCGAGGAAAAUGUGCAGAGUAGUGAUCCUGAAGACUCCUUGUUGUUAUCUAUGGACGAGGAGGAGGACGAGGAUGAGGAGGGACAGUCCAAUGAGACCUCACAAAGAACAUCUAAGGCCCAGUUUCAGUGUAACAAGUGCCUGCGGACCUUCCACUAUGAGAGGAGCUACUUAAAGCACAUCAGUACGUACCAUGGAGUGAAAGCAGAUGUCAUCUAUCGCUGUGAGACCUGUGAGCAAACAUUUGCUAACCGCAGCAAUCUAAAGAUCCAUGAAAAGCACGUGCACAGUAAUGAGAGGCUUUUUUCUUGUGACUCCUGCGCAAAGACCUUCAAGCGAAAGAAGGAUGUCGUCCGCCAUCAAAGACAAGUACAUGAACGUAACAAUAUGCGACAUGUCUGCCCCGACUGUGGAAAGUCACUCAGCUCCAAAACUGCCCUGUUGUUGCAUGAGAGGACACACACUGGUGCAAAGCCAUUUGAAUGCACUGAUUGCGGUGCAAGAUUUACUCAGAACUCUGCCCUCAAGAUGCACCGCAGGACUCACACAGGAGAAAAGCCAUUUGCAUGUGACGAGUGUGAAGCCCGCUUCACUCAGAAGCACAUGUUGUCCUAUCAUAAGCGUUCACACACAGGAGAGAAACCCUUCAUGUGUGAGGCGUGUGGGAAAAGUUUUGCAUCUAAAGAGUACCUGAGACACCACUCAAACAUCCACACUGGGUCCAAGCCUUACAAGUGUGAAGAGUGUGGUCGAGGCUUUGCCCAGAGGAAUUCCCUGCAUCAGCAUUUAAAGAUACACACAGGUGAGCGUCCGUACAGCUGUAAGGACUGUGACAAGCAGUUCACCCAGCUCAAUGCCCUCCAGAGGCACCAGCGUAUUCACACAGGAGAGAAGCCCUACAUGUGUGGUCUCUGUAGACGUACAUUUACAGACAAGUCCACCCUACGCAGGCACACUAUGAUCCAUGACUCAGAUGCUCCCUGGAAAACCUACCUUGUGGUGUUGGAGGGAAAUGUGGAGGAUAAGAAACCAAAAAGUCCCCCUAAGGAAAAGGCAGGAGCAAAGGAGAAAAAGAACACUGGUAAAAAAAGUGCCGGUGCUGCUGCUGCUGGUGGUACAACUGACAGUCAUGGUAAAACCAACACUGACUCCUUUAUGGUACCAUCUGAGCCGGUCACUAUCCCAUCUGAGUGGACCAGUCACGGGGCCAUUGCUGUGGUCAGCCACGGCGCACUCGGUGGGAUCACUGUCAUCCACACUGACAUGCCACCCGGGACCCAGCUCCAGCCCAUCGUAACCACCGACAGCACAGGGGCCAGCAUCCUUUCCUUUGAUGGACAAGCCAUCCCUGUCCCCCUCCAGAUACCAGUGUCCAUGUCUCACACCAUCCCCUUGUGCUCUGAAGCUUCCUCCACCUCUCUGUCUAUACCCACGCUCUCCGUUCCUGUUUCUGAUGCCAUGUUGACGACAGUCUCAGAGAUGUCAACUGUUUCCACGUCAUCCCUCCUGGAAGCUGCGGCCUCACAGACCAUUUUGGCUCCAGCUUCUGAGACUAAGGACACUUCUGAGACAGUUAUUUUGAGGCCUGAUAUUCAAACUGUGAUUGUUGGUGAGGAGACUUGUGAAAAAGUAAAAACAGAUGUUGUCCCAUGUGAUGGAGAGCAGAGGACAACAAAUGACCCCACAGGUGAUCCUGAAGGGGCAACAGCUCAAGAUGCUGUGUAGAAAAUGCAUGUGAUUUGAAUUAAUUUCAUCUGGGUGUGGGGAAUUUAAAAUCAUAUUACCACCCAGUUAUUUUCAUGUAUAUACUUUGGCAUUAGGAGUGUGUGAAUGUGUGUUGGGACCAUGUGGUGUUUAAUCAUGAUCAAGCCCAGUGUUUUAUUAACAGACUUGGAUGUUAUGUUCAGUGCUUGUUACGAUCUUUCCGAACGUGAAGGUGUUAAUAAAAAAUCACAAGAUUCUGCUGUGCUUUAGUCAUGUUUCAGAAAUAAACCUAGAAAAUGUUAUUAUUGUAUUAUGUGAUAAUUCAUAAGGGGAAAAUGUGGCACAAAGUAAAUUGAAUACAAAUGAAAUUAAGGUGUUUCUUAAUUGAUGAGAUAUAAAGUCAAAUAUUACAUCAGGUUCAGUAUAUUUUACUAAUUAAAUUGACAUCAGACAUCUCUUCCCCAUACAUUAUGUAUUGCAGGAGUUACAACCUUGAUUUCUGGGAACUUUGUCAGAAGUCCUUGGCAGCUGCACAGCAGCACCCCAGUGAAUCCUCAAGUAGCUUUCCAUACACCUUUGGAAUGAUAGCAUACUCUUUGCGACUCUGCUGAUGAUUUAUGUUUGUCUGAAUGUAAAUGAAGAAUUGAAAACCAUUCAAAAUUAUGUCACUCUCUUUUUGGAACCACAGCAGUGUUUCUAACUGUUUAUGUCUAGUGGGUACCUGCAUGAAAUCCUUAUGGCUCACUCUGAUAACAAAUUAUUUAUUUUUUCCAAAUGUUAAGAAACAUAACCCCUGAAGUUGGAAUUUCAAACAGGUAUCAUGUGACAAAGAAAGAAAAUUAGUUUAAAUCGGUUACAGAAAUGUUAAUUUUGACACUUGCUAAGAGAGAAAGCUGGUCAAAAAUCAAUCUCUCAGUAGUUGCAUGUGAGCUUGAGAAAUCAACACUAAAUCUAAUGUAGAUAAUGAGUCGCUGUUGUGUGAGGACAUGGCCAGUGAUGAGUAUGAUUGAUUACACUGACUGAUUUAGCACCUAUUUAGCACCCCAACAAGCUCCAUCAAUUAAAUGGUCAUGUUUCAGUAUCAGGUUACAGUCUGACAGGGUGGCAGCAAGAAUGUAAUAGAUCAAUAAAAGAACAUGAGUUAAGAAUAUAUUAAUUUAAACAAUAGCAACAAACAUUGUAUUAAGUGGUGCUAUAGUCAUAACUCACAAAAUAUAAUUUUUAAAACAAUUGAGUAAUUGCAGCUGGCCUAUAUAUGGAAAUACACACAGCACCCUGAAUAGGACAGUGUAAAAAGAGACAUACAAUGCUCAUUUUCUGGUUGACAGUAAAAUCCUGACUAAAACAAUUGCGUUCAGUGGCGGUUCUGCACAGGGGCCUCCAGGGGCCACUGCCCCUGUGAAGAAGCCCUUGGCCCCUGUGUCAAAUUAAUAAUAAAAUGAUCAAUUUAUAACGAUUAAGGACGGAACAAUUCUUACCUAUUUUUUUGUUCAAACAAUACCUCAUUGUACACAAAAGGAAACCAUAAUUGUAUAAUAGUUUAAUUGUACCAUAAAAGCUAAAUAUAAAGAUCAUUUUCACUGUACUGCACUUUCAAAAUUAUAAAAAAUUGUGCACAAAAAUGAGAAAUGUCAUUGUCGUACAAAAAUAAUGUUAAUGUUGGUAAGUCUCAUUGCUUCAAUCAAUGAAGUUCUUCCAAAUAUGAGACUUUUUGCUAAAAUAAAGGUUUUGAAUGCUUAAA